AUGAGCUCAAAAUUAAAUGAAGAAGCUCAAUCUGAAUUCAAAGAAGCUUUCAAUUUAUAUGAUGGAAAUAAAGAUGGUAGAUUAGAAGCAACAGAAUUAGCAAAUGUUUUAAGAUGGUUAGGCCAAAAUCCAUCCCCAAACGAUAUAAAUGAUAUUUUAAGAGAAUAUGGAUCAAAUAAUCAAAUGACAUUGGAUGGAUUAUUUAAUUAUUUAAGUAGAAAAGUUGUUGAUGAUUUUGAUGAAAGAGAAAUUAUUGAAGCCUUUCAAGUAUUUGACAAAGAUGGCAAAGGUUUAAUUGGUGCAUCAGAUCUUAGACACAUUCUUACAAAUUUGGGUGAAAGAUUAAAUGAAGAUCAAGUAGAAGAAAUGUUAAGACAAGCAGUAGGUGCUGGUGAUGGUGCAAUCAACUAUGAACCAUUUGUUCGUAAUAUGUUAAAGAAAUAA